AUGUCAGGUUGGAAAAACAGUUUUGAGAGGCUUUCAAAACAUAAAUAUGUUGCUUGCAUUAUACAUCCCAAAAAAGUAGUAUGUAUAUACGAUAAAACAAUAAAACUUAAUAGAAAAUGGGAGGAGGAUUAUCUUAACCGUCAUGUUCGACGUUCUGGAUGUAAAGCAAAUGAAGGGCAAAGAACAAUUUAUAAUUGGUUUCAACUGGUAAAACAAAAUGAAUAUAUUGAGGAAGAAGACGAAUAUGACUUAGAUAUUUAUGAUAAUAUGGAUGACGAUGAUUUAAUACAGGUUGAUAAAAUAGAAAAUGAUUCAGAUAAUGAAUUUCAAGCUGUUAAUAUUAAAGAAAGAUUCAGUAAUACCAAAAGAAUUAAAAAAUGGUUGAUUUGUGCUGGUCUUCAGUCUGUAGAAAUAUCAGAAUAUAUCAAACGAACCCCUGCACAAUUUGGUGUGCGUGCAAAAACUUGUACUGGAAUUGCCGAACAAGGAAAUAUAUGUAUUGAAUGUGGUUCUAUCCGAUAUGACAAAAAUUUAUGUAACAAAAUCGCACAUCCUUUACCAUUACCUGGUUACCAUUUUGAUUACAAUUGUGGAAAUUUAAGCGAAUCAACAUUAGAAAUAUUAAAACUAUGGCCAAUUGACGAACAAAUUUCUCAAACAAUCAAACAUUCACAUCGACUAGCCUGCGAACUUGCUAAAUUUCUUAAUAUUAUGCAGCCCAUAGAUGAUUCUUUUAGUCCUAAUUCACAAAUAUUUGUUAGUAUUCAUGAAGAAGAGGUUUCGACUCAUUCAAAUAAUCAAAUAAUUAACUUUACAAAUAAUGAAAAGCAAGAUCAAAAAAUUUUAUUAAAUAAUUCAUUUCAGGAAGGAAGUUUACAACUAAAUAUAAUCAAUCAUCCUUUUGGAGAUUAUUCUAUUUUAUAUAAUGAAAAUCAUAGAAACAUAUCAAAUGCUUUAGCUCAAAUUCAUGCUAAAGAAUUGACACAAUCAAAAAAACACAAAUCAAUUAAAAAGCCAAAAUCUUUUAUUCAAA